UGUCUUUGUGUCUUAAAUUCUCUCUCUCUCUCUAAAUCUUCUCCCUGUUUCUCUCUCUCACGUUCAAUACAUUGAAGACACUGCAUGUCUUCUACCUAUAAAUUGAAGUCCUAAGAAGAUGCCUUGGCUCAUCAGAUUCAUCACAAAGAACAUUUUUUUAACAUAGAGUUAAGUCUUUUGGUUGACAUUGAUGGCUUUGGACUUCUUAGCUGAGUUCGACCAACCAGAUUGUCGUAGGUUACCUGUUGGAUACAGGUUUGAUCCAACUGAUGAUGUUCUUGUGUGUUUUUACCUCAAGAAAAAGGUCUAUAAUUUAACUCUUCCAUAUCAUGCCAUUCUUGACUUUGAUGUGUUUCAGACUGAGCCAUGGUUGCUGCCAGGAGAUUUGAAUGCUUUCAAGGACAGGAGGUACUAUUUCUUUGACAUAAGGCAACGUGAAUUUGACAACAUGGAUAUAAGACCUGCUGGAAAUGGUGAAUGGAGAACCAUUGAAAAAAACAUGGAACUUGAUCUCCCUAGUCAAUUCUUUGUUGGUAAGAAGAACACCCUUGUUUUCUGGUGGAAAAAACAGGGUAACCAACACAUCAUGACAAGAUGGAUGAUGCAUGAGUUUCGUCUCACCACAGUAAUUCAACCAACUAAGAUAUCAGCUGUUGGUGCAUAUCGCAUAUUUAAGAGGAAGUUGGAAAAACCUUUGAGGAAUAACAUCAUCAGACCAGUUGUGAUUGAUUUCACAAUGGAAGAUGCAACUGCCUGUCCCCCUCCACCUCCAAUGUCUCCUUGAACAAUCUUUUUAUUCAAGGCUUUGCAUUCAGUUCUAAAGAUUAAUAGUUGCCAUUGAUCAGUGUUUUAUUUUUUAUUUUUAGUUUUUAAGGAAUUUAAUUAUAAUAUGGACUAGACCAUCUUUUAUUUUAUUGCAUGUGUUUUUGGUUUUUCAGAAAAUUAAUGAGUUUUGUAUUUGGACUCAUGAAUAUGAAUAAACAACUAUUUAAUAUUUUGACGGUA